CCAGCCUGUCUGUCCCCCAGUCGACGCCCUUCGAUCGGGGUUCGAUCGUGUCCUUCUGUCCCUCUGUCACUGUGUCAGUGCCUGCACCCUGCCGAUCCAGCCAGCCAGCCAGCCCGGGCCUUAUCUAUCUAUCUAGUCUCUAGUUACUCUCUGUAUCGCCUCGUGUCCCGUCAGCGUCAUCCACUGGUGCCUGUUGCUUAACUCCAUCGGAAACGGGGUUAACGGUCUUUCGGUCUUGUCUCAACCUUUUUUCCAUCUGUUCCACUCGCCUUCACUGCCCCCUUUAAAUUCCCUGCCCUUCCCCUCAUCGUGCAUUCCGAGAGUGACAGAGUUCUUCCCUCUGUCACUCUAUCCCUCCGUGCGACAAGGUGUCUGCCGCGCGACUCCCUUCGCUUUCUCUUCAGGUCCCAGCCUCACGUUCCUGGAUCUCAUUCGAAAGCGCCCGAUACAUCUCCUCCCGGCCGACGGCAUCCAGACGAUCGUCGUCUACGUCUACGAUGGCCUCCGAGUCGCUCCGCUCGUCCAGUAGCGAGUUUGAGAGCCGUCGACAAGACAGCACUCCACAUUCAGCUCGUGGAGCCAGCGCAACCCCAGCGCCCUCAGCCUGGUUCCCCCUAGGUUACAGGGAAGGGUUCAGUCAAUGGUGGGCGUCUUUACCCGCCGCCACAGCCGAACACCGAGUCCUUUCCUACCUCCCUUAUCUUCAGCAUCAACCCCCAACCCACCUCCAGACCGGAAAGAAAUGCGGUUCUUCCAGCGGAUCGGAGAGUCUACAGUCUGCCGACCAAACCCAACAGGGCGAAGUCUCAACCGACUCGACGGAUGACCCGUACGGCCCUCGUAAAUGGCGCUCCAGCAUGGUGGAGCUGAGCGGGAAGAACCGCGCUCUGAACGAGUUCUCCGUGGAGAGAAUUGGUGAAGAAGCAGACCAGCAUCUUGUCAUGCUUCACGGGUAUGGCGCUGGUCUCGGAUUUUUCUACAAGAAUUUCGAGCCUCUCAGUCGGCUUAAGGGGUGGCAACUCCAUGCGCUUGACCUCCUGGGCAUGGGCCGCAGCACGCGGCCAUCAUUCCGCAUCAAAGCGAAGGAGCGAGAGGAGGCCAUUAAAGAGGCAGAAGCCUGGUUCGUGGAUGCUCUGGAAGAGUGGCGAGUCAAGCGCAAAAUCGACCGCUUCACACUACUCGGUCAUAGUCUGGGAGGCUACAUGGCAGUUGCAUACGCCCUUAAGUACCCGGGACGACUCAACAAGCUUAUCCUAGCUUCCCCAGUGGGAAUCCCAGAGGAUCCCUACGCUGUGCGGGCAGAGAUGCCAGCACCACCCGAUUCCACCAUGGCAACCGAGCUCACCCAGAACCAGCGCAACAUCGCCGAAUCAGCAUCUUCAGUCCCCCACAGCGAGAUACAAAAAGGCGAUAACAAUAUUCUGCUGAAGGGUGCCCCCACUAAUACUGCCGCUGGCCAAGAUCAGCCGGCCCGGCGCAUGGUCCCCAAGUGGUUCGCCUAUCUUUGGGACGCUAACAUUUCCCCCUUCACUCUGGUGCGAUGGGCGGGACCCUUGGGACCGCGCCUGGUCUCCGGGUGGACGUCUCGACGUUUUUCCCAUCUGCCGGCUGACGAGGCCAAGGCUUUGCAUGACUACUCAUAUUCGAUCUUCAGCUUGCGAGGCAGCGGCGAGUAUGCUCUGUCGUACAUCCUCGCCCCGGGCGCAUUUGCCCGCAGUCCCCUGAUCCAACGCAUUGAGGGCAUCGGUCGCCAGUUCAUCCAGCAGAAUCCAUCACCCGCUCUCGAGUCAGCGAAAGCCACCGCGACAGCCUCCCUCCAAUCUACCCCGGAAUCGUCUGCCAACCAAUCCUCCCUGACCACAGCCAAACGCGAGAACGGUUUGCCGAUUAUUUUCAUGUACGGUGAUCACGACUGGAUGGAUGUGAAGGGCGGAUUGGCAGCAAAGACCAAGCUCGACCAGGAGAAGGAGCGCAUUCUGCAAAAUGCGACGGUUGAGGAACGCGCGGCGGACAACGGCUCCGCCAAGGUAGUCAUUAUCAAGCGGUCCGGCCACCAUGUCUACCUGGACGGAUGGGAGGAGUUCAACCGGAUCGUUCUGGCCGAGAUGGAGGAGACGACUCAGAAGGAGAGAGCCAAGAGCACAUGAUAGAGCUCUUGCCUCUCAAUUUUGCUAAUAUCCAAAUCUCUUAUCUUAUUUUCCCUUGUUAAUGUGUUCCCGAAGAGGUGUUUACGAUGUGUUGGGUCCUAAACAGCGGGUUUGUCUUGUCGGAGUAUAAUCAUUGAUUGUUGGUUUUUUCAGGUCAAAAUCCAUCAUGGAAUACGCAAGAUGUACAUACCUACGGUAGAAGUUGAUACAGAUCACAGCAAGAAGGUAUAGACAUAUUCAAAAUCUUUAUCAUGGC